CGACUCUUUAGAUCCGCCUCCAAACCACCGUGCUGUCGAUGGUCACCACUUCUUCUUCUUCCUCCUCCUCCUCCUCCUGUUUUAAAGUGAUCGACUACGCAAGCCGUAGUGGGGCAUGGCAUUGCUGCGGCCGCUCAUGGCGAAGGCGGAGGCGCGGUUCUCCAACCAGAGGUUCUUCUUCCCUUGUCGGAAGUCGAGGACCUACACGCUGGCCCUGACGUUGCUCCUCGCGCUCUCCGUCGUCCUUCUCGUGCUCCUCGCCCUCGACGUCCUCUCCCUCCCCAUCGGCCCACUCUUCGCACCCAGUCGCUCCCACAGCGAGAAGACGGAGGGGUUCGUCCAGAGCGGGCGUCAGUGGACGGAGGUCAUCUCCUGGGAGCCCAGAGCUUCCGUCUACCAUAAUUUCUUGUCCAAGGAAGAAUGUGAGUACAUAAUUCAGCUGGCAAAGCCUCAUAUGAAAAAAUCAACAGUUGUCAAUAGCACUACUGGUGGGAGUGAAGAUAACAGUGUUCGAACAAGCUCAGGCAUGUUUCUUCAAAGAGGACGUGAUAAGAUAAUCAGAUCCAUCGAAAAAAGGAUAGCAGACUAUACCUUCAUACCUGUAGAGCAUGGGGAGGGACUCCAAGUUCUUCAUUAUGAAGUUGGUCAGAAAUAUGAACCUCACUUGGACUACUUCGCCGAUGAAUUCAACACUAAGAAUGGGGGUCAGCGGAUAGCUACCUUCUUGAUGUAUCUUUCGGAUGUUGAAGAAGGUGGUGAGACAGUGUUUCCUAAUGCCAAAGUCAACAGCAGUUCGUUGCCAGGGUACAAUGAGCUAUCGGAUUGUGGAAAGGCAGGUCUUGCUCUAAAACCAAAGAUGGGAGAUGCCUUACUCUUCUGGAGCAUGAAACCUGAUGCUACUAUGGACCCAUUAAGUUUGCAUGGUGCAUGCCCUGUAAUUAAGGGAAAUAAGUGGUCUGCUCCAAAGUGGAUGCGUCUCCAUGAGUAUAAAGCUUGAUAUUUUCACUGAAGGAGAUAAGUUCAAGUGGCUGCAAUCUCCACUGUAUUUAUCAGCAAAGUCUCUACCCAACUCGAAACAAUCGUGCUGCUUGUCAGUCUUGCCAUUUUUUUUUUGUGUGUAGCAUACAUGAUAAAAAAAGAAUACUUAUUUCCUGCA